AUGGCCGGUAUGGUACUGGUUCGACGAAAAUAUCACUGGCCAGAGGCGCAGCUGAAUAUCUGGGUUAUUAUUAUGCUAGCGGCGGCAGCAACGGUGCUGGGCAUCUUUGCUGAUUUCAUCACUGUCCAGCAUACCCUGCGAUUGGGGAUUCCUUGGCUCUUUCCAUUCGAAGUUGCUACAGGGUCCUUGGCGAUUCUAUUCAUCAUAGUAAUGCUGGUCCUUAUUGGUCGACGCAUGUUGCUGCCAGGAAUUGUGCUAGUAGGCACUUUCAUCCUCUUUGUGCUAUGGCUCACAGGGCUGGUUGAGACAUCAAUCACGCUCUUCGGCGCAUCGAACAAUGUCAACUGGAAUUGCCAGCGCUACGUGAACGAUCAGAAAGUUACAGGGCAAAGCAUCAAUACCUUGGCAUGGCUUCAGCAAAAUAGCAUAUGUCAAAGCUGGAUGGCCGCAUUUGCCUUUAAUUUGAUCGGCACGGUAUUUUUGCUUUGGAUGUUUAUCAUGGCGGCGCAGGUCAAUCGGGACGAAUACGAUUGA